CUCUUUUUUGCUCUCUAUAAAUCUCAGCUGUUUACAUUUAUUCUUUGCCUGCUUUAUUUUCAGUCCUUAGAAGAUUUAUAAUGGCGAAGCCGAUAUCAAUUGAAGUAUGGAAUCCAAGCGGAAAAUACCGAGUGGUAAGCACCAAGCCCAUGCCAGGAACUCGCUGGAUCAAUCUCCUAACUGCACAGGACUGCCGCGUUGAGAUAUGUACUGAGAAGAAGACGAUACUCUCUGUAGAGGAUAUUCUUGCUCUCAUCGGUGACAAGUGUGAUGGAGUUAUUGGGCAGUUGACUGAAGAUUGGGGUGAGGUGUUGUUCUCUGCACUGAAGAGAGCUGGCGGGACGGCGUUCAGUAAUAUGGCUGUUGGUUACAACAAUGUUGACGUCAGUGCUGCUAACAAGUAUGGAGUGGCCGUAGGGAAUACUCCGGGAGUUCUUACGGAGACCACAGCUGAGUUAGCUGCUGCACUUUCAUUGGCAGCGGCAAGAAGGAUAGUUGAAGCAGAUCAGUUCAUGAGAGCUGGUUUAUAUGAUGGAUGGCUUCCUCAUUUGUUUGUCGGAAAUUUGCUCAAGGGACAGACAGUUGGAGUGAUUGGAGCAGGUCGUAUUGGAUCAGCGUAUGCAAGGAUGAUGGUGGAAGGCUUCAAAAUGAACCUCAUAUAUUAUGAUCUUUAUCAAGCAACUCGACUAGAGAAAUUCGUUACGGCUUAUGGACAGUUUCUCAAAGCUAACGGUGAACAACCUGUUACUUGGAAACGAACUGCCACGAUGGUGGAUGUUCUCCGAGAGGCCGAUCUGAUAAGUCUUCAUCCGGUGCUGGAUAAAACUACAUAUCAUCUGAUAAACAAGGAUAGUCUGGCCAUCAUGAAGAAGGAAGCAAUUCUGGUUAAUGCAAGCAGAGGACCGGUGAUUGACGAGGCUGCUCUCAUUGAGCAUCUGAAAGCAAACCCUAUGUUUCGCGUCGGUCUCGAUGUAUUUGAGGAUGAACCUUACAUGAAACCCGGGCUUGCCGAACUAAAAAAUGCAGUUGUAGUGCCACACAUUGCAUCUGCCUCCAAGUGGACACGCGAAGGAAUGGCGACACUUGCGGCUUUGAAUGUAUUGGGUAAGAUUAAAGGAUUUCCAAUUUGGUCUGAUCCAAAUCAAGUUGUUGUAUUUUUGGAGGAGAAGUCUACACCUCCAUUGGCUUGUCCAAGCAUUGUUAAUGCCAAACAUCUUGGUUUAACUGCAUCCAAGCUUUAAUAUAGGUUUCAAGGCAAUCACUUGAAGAUGGUGUAAAUAUUACUCAAAAAUGGUGUUGAAUCUCUUGAAUGUCUUCUGUAGUUGCCCAAGUAUAUCUCUGUCUUUUAUCACCCUUCUAUCUUAUUUCCUGAGUUACUCUAUCAUAUCAUUACUCUGAUGAACCUUGUAUCUUUUUUUGUUCUCUUGAGGAUCUGAAAUUAAUUA